GAUCCUGGUGACUUGGGGUGGAGGCGUGGUCCCGUGCUCUCUCGGUCCAGACCCACAACUGGACCGAUGAGCCCCAGGGUGCAGACCCAGCUGGGGCAUCAGGGGUCAGGCAGAUGCCUAAAUACAAGGACGCAGCCACUGAUGAAUUAUUCAGUCUUUCACCGACCCCUCUAGCUGGAAUCUUCCCGAAGGGGGCCCGGCUUCGCUUCGAGAAGAAUGUGAGGCCAGGUAGAGUAGAGCCUGUUCAAUUGUUACCUUGCAUUUCCUACAUUAGGUCGAGACCACCGAUGAACACGAACCCCUCUGACAGCGCGAGCCCCAUGCACGUGCCCUUGGGCCACAUCGUGGCCAAUGAGAAAUGGCGUGGGUCACAGCUGGCGCAGGAGAUGCAAGGAAAAAUUAAACUCGUCUUUGAAGAUGGCCUGACAAUGGUAGAUUUUUACCUGUCCAGCAGAUCGUGCAUUCUCUAUAUCACGGAAGCUGAUUUAGUGGCAGGAAAUGGCUACAGAAAGAGACUUGUUCGGGUUAGAAACUCUAGUAAUCUUCAAGGGAUUGUAGUAGUUGAAAAAACACAGAUGAGUCAACAGUACUUCCCUGCCAUUCAGAAGUUUACCGUGCUGGAUCUUGGGAUGGUGUUGCUUCCAGUGGCCAACCAGACAGAGGCAUCCUGCCUCAUCAUCCAGUUGGUUCAAGAGCAAACCAAAGAGCCUAGUAAGAACCCUUUCCUCAGGAAGAGAAGGGCUGCCCUCUCUGAGCCAUUUCUUCUCCGAACUGUGCAGCAGAUCCCAGGAGUUGGGAAAGUGAAAGCUCUUCUUCUCCUCCAGAAGUUUCCAAGUAUCCAGCAACUGAGUAAUGCUUCCAUCCAGGAACUUGAGCCAGUUGUUGGACAGGCAGCAGCACAGCAAAUCCAUGCCUUCUUCACUCAGUCCAGGUGACUGCUGGCCUUGCAUCUGUGACAUUUUUUCAUUUAAAUCACCGACUAUAAGAUCUGGUGUUCAUCUUUAAAAACCAAGAAAAAAUUUCCUUUCACAGCAACUUGGGAAACACAAGGAGAGGCUUAAUGGAUACUGCACAGUACUAAUUUGCUCUGUAGCUUUGGGCAUGUAAGUUAGUGGCACAGGUGACACUUCCCUUGUUCUGCCUAAGAUGAAAAAGCCCUUCCUUUGCUGGAUCCAGUUUAAAAAUCAAGUUCAGGUAGAUUUUUAUUUAUUUUUGGCAGAACUGGGGAUUGAACUCAGGCCCUUGCACUUGCUAGGGAAGCGCUUAUUCCACUGAGCCGUCUCCCAGGCCCCUUAAGUAGAUUUUGAUGAGUGACCUUAACCAGCACCUGCCAUGGGAAGGUAUUGUAAAGUUCAGGUGCUGGACACAACCACCUAAAGGAAAUAAUCUACAAGGAAGCACUGUGCACCCUAAGGCCCUCGUUCCUGGUGGCGAGGCUAUUGCUCUUCAGGUCUGGCCUGCAUAUGCUGUGUUCUGAGGGCUGCUGCUGCCAAGGUAAAUAAACAAAUGUUCAACAGUCCCUUUGUACCUUCAUUCCUGCCUUCCUGUUUUUUUGGAGGGAAGGGACAGACACACAGUCUAUAACUACUGAGCAGUCUCCUGAACACAGCCUAGGAUCUGAAAUUCCCCUUGUAAAGAUGAAAAAUUGGCAUGACAAAGAAGAUGUUUGUGUAUGUGGGGACCAAUAAUAAGAUACACCAGAAAACAUUUGAGGGUGCUGUGGCCAGUGUGGAAACCAGGGGCUGGGGAUCAGAGGGUACAACUGCCCAUUGAAAACAAUACACUAGGGGCCAGCCAGAUAGCUCAGUGGACUGAAGCACCUGCUUAGGCAGUGUCAUAAUCAGGGUUCAAUCCCCAG